AAAGGCAGAUGGUUGUUGACCAUAGAGCUCCAUCUAUUUUUAAAACCUUUACGGCCAGUGACUUAAAAUUAAAACGAGUAGGAGCGCGGGAAAAUAUUUAAAUUUCGAAUUUGGUGUUCGAUUUUACGAAACGUUGCGUUCAGUGAUUCGGUCAGUUUUUAAAGAUGAGAAGGUUUAUUAAAGUUUUGUUUCCUUUCAUAGGUGUAAUGCUGGGUUUUUACUGCAUAACAGGUUCCACUGGCCUGUACAUCUCAAACCUGUCGCAAGCGUGCUACCGCUGCCUGUGCCACGUUGCUACAGGCUGCGAUGUGUCUCACGGCUGCACUGCAGGGUACUGCGGGCCUUUCAACAUCUCCAGAGUGUAUUGGAUAGACGCUGGCAAGGUCACGCUUCCGGAGGACGAUCCUGAGAGGAAUCAUGCGUGGGAAGACUGCGCGAGAAGCUAUCACUGCGCUUCAAGGAUCGUCGAAGGCUAUUUGCAGAAAUUUGGAAAGGAUUGCAACAGCGACGGCGUAACAAACUGCUUCGACUACAUGAUGAUCAACGGUAACGGCGGGUACGGGUGCACGGCGCCGCUCAACCGAUCCGCCAACGGGCGGCGGUGGCUGCGGAGAUUCCAAGAUUGUGCACUCAAUUUAUAAAAUAUGAUUUUUCACUACAUCAGCUCGUGAAGGCUCUCUUUAUAUCCAUAAACUGAUGAGAAAGUUUCAUUUUAUCCACAAGACUGGCAAAGUAAUUAGAAGGAAAUUUUUGAUUGUUUCCUCAUGUUGGCGAGAGAAAUUUAGUUUUAAGUGAUGAUUUUGAAUGAUAAUUAUUUAAUAGCUAAACGCUACACAACACUAGCAGUAAACAUUAGCAGGAGGAGUUAAACAAAAACUUUGCCCCCUUGUAAAUCAAAUACCUAGUUACAUUCGACGUCGAGACCCUAUUAAGGUCUAAGUACGUUGGUGAGGUGAAAGGGUCACCUAAUGGCCAGUUGAAGAAACUCAGAGACGCCACAGAAGACCGAAAAACUGGACCUCACAUUCCGAGGAAAUUCUGCCAGCAUUUUCUUUACCGAGCUGUAAGGACUUUAUAGCUUUAUAUUAAUUUUAAUUUAAGUAGGUACCUACUCCAUGUCUGUAAAUUAUGUUAUUUAUAAACUUUAGUGUAAGAUCAUUUGAUUUAAAAACAGACUAAACGUAACACAGUAUUUUUGAAUUACAGUUUGCAUUGCUAAUGAAGUAUCCACUUAAAUACAAUCGCCACAAAGUAACAAGCUCGUGUCAAGUACCGGCUUUUAUAAAAAAGAAUUUAAAAUUCCUGUUUAACGAGUAUCUUUAUGGUAACAUGCAUCAAACAUGCUGUAAAAUUAAAUAAGAAUGUCGUGUCUAAGCAUAGUUUCAUUGAAAAUGAACGAGCACACACUAUCCUUUAUGAAGGUGCACUUAACAUCAAUCCCUAUAAUUCACUCCAAAAUUACCACACUUCAUCCAUCCACUGCCGCUCCGUACGCUACAAAGUGUAGUAUUUACUUUGCUAAAGCAGCGAUGUAUGCUAAACGAGGUAAAAUUCCUUUCCAGGUGAACUUUUUAGGUAGUGAGGAAGGAAGACAAGUAUGACAUGAAUAUGAAUAUUCAAGGAAGUUGGAAAUUUGCGCCACGUCAAUAGAAGGUAGCUCCUUGAGGUGUUAAAGUGGGGUCGGUGUGUUGGCGGCGCUUAAUUUAAUUUGGUGUAUGAUUAAAUAGAUGGCGGUAUUUGUUCAGAGAUAAUGACA